GCGAUUGAAUCAUUUUGGGACUCCGAGGAGAGCCAAAAAGGGUUUUCUUUUCUUUUCUACGAACGAGAUCACAAACAAAACCACCAUCAAACAGUAAAAAAACAUGGAAUCUGAAGGGCAACAAAACUCUUCCAACCCCUCUGCCUUGAUCGCUUCCCUUUUAUCCAAAAGAGCCAAACAUCAUGAGGAUCUUCGCACCAUCGAAAAACAGGUUUAUGACAUGGAGACAGCCUACUUACAGGAUCCAAGCCAGUGUGGAAAUGUUUUAAAAGGUUACGAAGGGUUUCUGUCAGCAUCUAAGAGCACUUCACUCUACAAGCGAACUAGGAAAUUUCAGCCAGAAGAUAGGCUCUUUUCACUAUCUUCAGUUACCUCACCAGCGACUGAAGAACAAGCUGCAAUGGGAGCUCCCUCUGGGAUGGGCCCGGGAAAGCCAAAGAAGGGUAGACCUGGACCGAGGGAUGUGAGAAGAAUCAGGCAAUAUAGUGAACCGGAUUUUGACUAUGAAGAUGAUCCUGAUAUGCUUUGAAACUAUUCUUGUUUACUGAGGUUUAGUGCUAGUUAUGCUAUUGAAGAGGUCAAAGACAACAAAAUCUUGGUUUUGCAAGUAUAAUUGUGGGAGAAUUGGAUUUGCCAUCAAUGGUGUUUUAAAGAUUCAUGUUUCUUGAUGUGUAUAUAUGCAUACUGGUGAUUAUAAUGAAUUUAGGGCACAUUCAUGUGUUUCAUA